AAAGGAGGAGGAAGCGGAGCAGGGGUCAGCAGGCAUGUAUUUUUAAAGCUAUCGAUUGUGCAAAAACCUGACACAUCAUCACAGGGAAUUGCUCUGAUUCUCACAGCUGCAGCCAGACAACACUCGGGAUGGGAUCUUUAUUUGUUGACAUAUUAUUUUUAUCUCGCCCGCCCUGCACUCUUCACUUGCCGCGUCUUCCUGUUUCAAUCGAAAAACAAAAUGGUUUAACUCCUCCUCCCCUUUGCGGGGCCGCUAGAGAAGUGCCUUCAUCCGUUCACCCCCGUGGCUGUCUGGCUCCGCCGAAGCCGCCUGUGCCUCUGUGUCUGUCCGUGUCCGCGGGAGCUGCCAGCCACACCGGGAGCGCCCGGACCGCCAUGACUGCCAGCCCCGUCCACUGAGGCUGUUCCCGCAGCAGUGAUACCUCCCUCCUUCGCCCGCUCUGUCCGGGAGCCGAGCCGCUCUCCGUCCAUGCCACUCGGCCGUCCUCUUUGGAAGUCGACCACUUCCCUCCUCUCCGCAGACGGACCCUGAUAUUAAAAACACGCAGCUUUUAUCGGCCCCUGCGAACGGAAGGAGAUCGUCUCUCUCCGCUGUGCCCUCCACCGGGUGUCUCCUCCUCCGUCUCGUGCACCGCUUCCUCCUCCCUCUCCUCCUCCUCCGACACUUUUUUUUUUUCAUCCUUCAGCCCUGCAUCUUUUCAUCAUGGCCCAAUCCGAUCGAUAAUGUGUUUUGCCAUUUGUCUCAUCUGACAGUUCAGCUGAGGAGCAACCGAGGCACAGGAGAGGACUUUAGAGUUCUGUGCGUGUGUGUGUGUGUGUGUGUGUGUGUGUGUGAGAUUCAAAGAGAGAGAUUACAAAGCAAACCUCUGUGGCCAUCACCAGCCCAGGCCGUGGGUGACAGGCGCUGAAGGAUUUCCAUUUGAGCCACAAACGGACUCUUAGGAUGGGCCGCAGGUGGUAGGCGAGCCCGAGACCUCUUAGGUUUUUCUUCAGAAUCAGACACCGGGGAGAAAACCUCUAAAAGUCUGGCUUUUGCCCAUGUCCUUUAUUUAUUCUUUCCCAACACUUACCCCGGUGUUAUUCGAAACAAAUACAGUCAAACGCAAUUCCACUCGCUGGAUAUCUAUUCUUCCUAAUCGACCCCUUCUGCCUGGCUUAAAAUGGCGGUGAAUGUGACACCGAUCCGGGACACGAAGUGGCUGACGUUGGAGGUUUGUCGGGAAUUCCAGAGAGGAACUUGUUCACGACCAGACAGCGAGUGCAAGUUUGCCCACCCUGCCAAGAGCUGUCAAGUGGAAAAUGGCAGAGUCAUAGCCUGUUUUGACUCACUGAAGGGCCGUUGUUCCAGAGAGAACUGUAAGUACUUGCAUCCUCCUCCUCACCUAAAGACCCAGCUGGAAAUCAAUGGGAGGAACAACCUCAUCCAACAAAAGAACAUGGCCAUGCUGGCCCAGCAAAUGCAGCUCGCCAACGCCAUGAUGCCCGGCACACAGCUACAGCCCGUGCCCAUGUUUUCAGUCACACCCAGCCUUGCAACGAAUGCCAACGCCGCUGCGGCGGCGGCGGCUGCUGCGUUUAACCCCUACCUUGGCCCCGUGUCGCCCGGCCUGAUGCCCGCUGACAUCUUGCCCAGUGCCCCGGUACUGGUCACCAGCAACCCCAGCGUCCCCGUCCCUGCUGCUGCCGCCGCCGCUGCACAGAAGCUCAUGAGGACGGACAGACUGGAGGUGUGCAGAGAAUACCAGCGGGGUAACUGUACACGUGGGGAGAACGACUGUCGCUUUGCCCACCCAGCAGAUAGCACUAUGAUUGACACCAACGACAACACAGUCACUGUGUGUAUGGACUACAUUAAGGGCCGCUGUUCGAGGGAGAAGUGCAAGUACUUUCACCCUCCAGCUCACCUGCAGGCCAAAAUCAAAGCCGCCCAACACCAAGUUAACCAGGCUGCGGCUGCUGCAGCCAUGACUCAGUCGGCUGUCAAAUCACUGAAGCGACCCCUCGACGCAACUUUUGACCUGGGGCUCCCUCCUGUCUUGCCUCCUUUACCAAAGAGACCUGCACUUGAAAAAACCAACGGUGCCACCACAAUGUUCAAUGCCGGCGUUUUCCAGUACCAACAGGCCCUGGCCAACAUGCAGUUUCAGCAGCAGGCGGCCUUUAUACCAUCAGGCUCGAUAUUGUGCAUGACACCUGCAACAAGUGUUGUACCCAUGAUGCACGGUGCUUCUCCAGCCACUGUGUCUGCAGCCACCACAUCUGCCACAAGUGUUCCCUUUGCAACAGCAACAGCCAAUCAGAUUCCAAUAAUAUCUGCAGACCAUCUGACUAGUCACAAGUAUGUGACCCAGAUGUAGGAGUCUCAAUCAGAACAAUGGAUCUGGGGCGCGCUGGUGUCGAGGCCAAGAUUAGCUGUCACCCUUCAUGCCUGUAACAUCAAGAGCGAGACGGUGAAAGCGGUUUGGAAUAAAUCUGCAUGUUAACAUAGGAGCCACAGUCUGUUAGAAGCGUUUUUCACGUGUACUUCAUGCACACACACUCAAAACAACGUCAUCGCAUUAAAGACUGCCUUCCCUUCUGCGGAGGCGACUAACCUUUAUUCACCAGACACACUUUGAAUGUUGACACAAGGUAAACGCGGUCGUCCGAGGAGUCGUCUGAAUCGGUACGUCCAUCGACUGAGAAUCAUGACCUGCGUCGUUCGCUUCUUCAUGGGUCGCUGACGGUCUCUGACUUAAAUGUGUUCAUUUGUUUACACGGAGGUGCACCUUGUAUUUCAGUUGGGGUAAAAGGUUACAGAUAUUGUGACCGAAUCACAUAUGCAUGCACAGUGUGUUGGUUCGGAUUUUUUUUCUUCUGUUGAAGCGGUGAUAAGGGAAAAUUACACUCAGAGGCAAAAAAGAGCAACUGAAUGUCUGUGAGGUGUCUUUCAAACCUUUGUAGCCUACCUUUGGAUCUCUUAAGCACAUGUCUUUAACCUUGCAGGCAUGCCUGUGAAGUGCCAUACAUCUCAAACCACAUGAAUGAUAUUGAAGCCGUGUUAACAGUGUGUUCAGUUCAACUGUUCCCUUUAAUAUUUCUCUCUUAGACAGCAUGUGUAGAGUCCAGAGCUCCCGCCACCGCCUGUGUUUCCCAUUAGCACCACUGCUGAUUAGAUUUCCCAAGAUUUUCUGCUUUACCUGAAUCUUGUACUGAACGAGUAGCUGUUCCGAGUUUGAGUUUCGUUUUUGCGUUAUGACUGAUGCUCAGACCUGAAACGACUGCGUCGGAUCUCUCUGCUAAGUCUCUUGACUCUAAAAGUCAGACGGGGUUCGAGAGGCGGAAGACUCUCUCGGCGACGAAGACGUGACGACGAAUAGCUUUGAAGCCACAGUGGCGUUUGGUGUCCAAACUGCUGUCAGACAAAAAAGUCAAAAUCUACGGUGCAAAUGAAUAUGUGAUUUGUAUGACCUGAAUUGUUCUACAUGUGUGUGGUUUUUGCAUAUUUUAAGGCAGUUUGUCAAAGUAGAUUCAGUGUAGUGUAUAUAUGGUCUGACCUAUUUAAGAAUAUUUGUUUUGAUUUUUCUACCUAAGAACUGGUUUUUUUUCUUCUUUUGUUGGUUUGUUUUUUAAAUAGCCAGCCAAAGUCUUUAAGUGUCAUUGUUAGUAGAUAUUGUAGAGUAGUGGGGCUAAAAAAAAAAAAAAAAACAGAAAACAAACGAACUGCAUAGCCCAAAGAAGGAUGGAUUGUUUAGAGUAGACCUCUAGAGCUCCUUGUUUUUGUUGUGUUCUGGGUGUACUUCAGGCAUAUUUAAUUGGUGGAUAGUACAGGGAAAGUGGCGAGAAAAUAAACGAUUGUAUUACUCAUCCAAAGCCUUAGAAUGUACCAUCGGGUCAGCACAAUGCAACAUGCCAUUCUGAACCAUCCAGUUGCCUAAAUCACGCCAUGUUAACACACCCACACAGAGCACUAUGUAACCGUCAUGUUUUUCUGUCAGCGUUUCUCCUUCUUUAUUUUUUUGUUUUUAAACUCUUCCUGUAGUUUUUUUUUCUUCUUCUUCUUCUUCUUCUUCUUCUUCUUCUUCUGUCUUUGACAAGGUGUGCUUUAAUUUUCAUUUGUUUGGAUGAUUUUAGUUUUUGGGUUUCAGUUUUGCCGAUUUAUCUUUCUUAAAAUGAAUAUAAGGUACCGUGUGUGUGUUUUUUGUGUGUUUCUCAUGCACAGUUCACUGAAAUUCCAUGUUGAUGUUAAUUUUAGUAUGAUUAUGAUUGUAAACUCAAUAUUUUCUACGUUAUGCAUAUUGUUGAACUGUAUGCAUAUGGUUGAUUUCUCUAGUCUUUUUGUGUUCUUUGAACAAAGAUGUUUUAUAUGAUUAUCUAAUAGUGAUGAAAUAAUAGAACAGAGAGGCUAAGUUGUCACUGUGGCAGCCGUCGCCAAUAACCGAGUAAUAUUUUAAUGAUUGUAAGGUUUGUAACUAGUCAUAUAAGAAAAAAAAAGACUAUUAUAAAAAAAAAAAUUCUAGUUCUUAGAUGUUUAGAGUAAAGAUGUUAUUUUCUACUGUAUCCAUUUCAAAUAGUAACUAUUGUUUUAAUAUUUUUACUCUCCCUGGAAAUUGGGCCAUGUUGGAAAACAAGCUGCAUAUUUGAUCACUUUUGUGGGCGUUGCCGGCGGGGUCAGGUGAACGUGGCGGGCGGGGAACGGAGUUUCGCCGGCUCGUCUGUUACCGAAGCCAACUGCAAACGACAAGGGCGGGGCGGCGAAUCCCGAGGCGAUCAAGGUGAUAAAGGUUGACUUUUUUGCACUUCUUGUACAUAGUCAAAAAAGAGAGAAUCAUGUAUAUUGAGAUCUUAUUUUGAAUAAAAAAAAAAAUUAUGUCUAUAAUGACGAGGAAUUUUGCUAGGAUAACUAAAAAAAAAAAAUCUUAUGAAAGGCUGAACAAAAUUGCUUGCAUCAAAAGGGCACUGGGUUCUCACUCUCCUACCCCUUUCAGAAAAGGCCAAGUGUUGCUCUUCUUUUUUGUCAGCAGCUUGUAGUUUGCCAGGUAACCUACCGGAUGAGGCUUCCACUGCACUCCAGUGAGAGCGCCUGACUGGGUCCGCCUGGUCUCCCAACCCUCCUGUCAGGACUGGUGAUGUGCACGGUGAUACCAGAACGUCCUCACUUCCAACACCUUAAGUCUGUCUAUUCAUCGAAGAUAAAAAAAAAAAUUCCCAUCUUCCUCUAGUUCUUCUUCCAUAGCUGAUUAAUUCUGAUCCAGCUUCAGAAAUGCACCAUGCACGCUGGAGCGAAGUCUUCAGAUUAUGUUUUGCCGACUAAUCGUUUACUUGUCUUUAAGUAUUUUUAAUAGUUGUAAUUUCUCCCUUCUCUUCCAUAAUGUUGGGGUUACCCUCACACAUCAGGCGUUCGUAGACACCGUAUCCACGAUACGGACACGAUACUUUGAUUUUACCUGAUCGGAAAGAAGAUGGCCGGUAUCACACAUCACUGGUCGCCGCUGACGGGUGGGUGUGCGUGUUACGACCACGCGCUCCCAGGCCCAACCAAUCACAACACGUCCUGUCUCUUUACUUUACUCCGAGAGGAAUGCAUGUUAAAGGAAAUACAUAUACCGUUUUUAAGAAAAAAA